AUGGCUGACGACAAGUCUCCCCCGCCCCCCACCAACAGAGACGUUGCGCGGGAAAAGCUCGAAGCUCAGAUCAAGUCUGCGGACAUGACUGAUGACAUGCAACAAGAAGCCAUCGAAGUUGCUCAAGAGGCCAUGGGCAAGUUCAGCAUCGAAAAGGAUAUCGCUCAGCACAUCAAGAGAACUUUUGAUGAGCGCAAAGGGCCCACGUGGCACUGCAUCGUUGGCCGCAACUUCGGAAGCUACGUGACCCACGAGACCAAACACUUCAUCUACUUCUACUUGGGCCACUGUGCCAUUCUGCUCUUCAAGACCCAGUAG